AUGAGGACAUCAAUGGUUUCUCUUGUAACCUUUGUGGUGGCGCUUUAUGCUGUCAGUUCCAGUGCACAUGUAUUGCCUUAUGGCAUAUGGCCAUACCACCAUCAUUUGCAUCAUCCCGGUGUUGUGGUGGUGGGCGGUGGUCCAGAUGCAAGUGCUGCUGCUGCCGAUGCCGCAGUUGCCGCUGCCGAUGCCGCUCAAGCUGCCAGAGAUCAAGCUCAACAAGUUGCCGAUGCCGUUGCCAAUGCUAAUGCCCAAGCUGCUGCCGCCGCCGCUGAAGCUGCCCAGGCUCAAGCCGAAGCCGUGAACAACCAAGCUGCCGCCGCUGCUGAUGCUGCUGCUCAAUCCCAAGCUGCACAGGCCGCAAUUCAAGCUCAAGCUGCCGCUCAGGCUCAGCAAGCUGCUGUUCAAGCCCAACAAGCUGCCCAGGCUCAGGCUGCUGCUGUCCAACAACAGGCCGCUGCUCAGCAACAAGCUGUCGCCCAACAACAAGCCGCUCAAGCUGCCGUACAAGCUCAGGCUGCCGCACAAGCCCAACAGGCUGCCCAAGCCCAGGCUGCAGCUCAAGCUCAAGCUGCCCAAGCUCAGGCUGCUGCUCAAGCUCAAGUUGCUGCCCAACAAGCUGCUGCUCAAACUCAAGCUGCUCAGGCCGCACAACAAGCCGCUGCUCAAAACCAGGCUGCUCAAGCUGCUGUUCAAGCUCAGGCUGCUGCUCAAGCUCAAGCUGCUGCUCAAGCCCAACAAGCUGCUCAAGCUCAGGCUGCCCAGGCUACCGUCCAGGCCCAAGCUGUUGCUCAAGCCCAACAAGCUGCCCAGGCUCAAAUUGCUGCCCAACAAGCUGCUGCUCAGGCCGCCGCUCAACAGGCUGCUGCUGUCGCUCAACAAAAUGCCCAAGCUCAAGCUAAUGCCCAGGCUCAUGCUGUAGCCCAAGCCCAAGCUGUUGCUCAAGCCCAGGCUGCCCAAGCUCAAGCUGUUGCCCAACAGGCUGCUGCUGCCGCUGCCCAGGCCGCCGCUGCUGCUGCUGUCGGUUUACACCACCACCAUCAUUGGUAAAUGUGAUGU